UGUAAAAUGUGUGCUAAACGCGUCAAAGAAGAAGAUUACGAGGAAGAAGUUUGUGAAACCACAACAAGGAACAGGCGAAAAGGUCAACAACCGGAUGGUGUUUGCAAGAAGCCUCGAGUUGCGUUCCACCGCAAAGACUUCACCGACGAGGAGGAUCUUCAUGUCGAGCGGCGGGAGCCCGACCCGCCUGGCAUCACGGAAGACGACAAACGGCAGGGGGAUAUCAGCGCCUUUCCCUUGACCCAUGUCAUCGUCAAGAGUGAAGAAGCAGAAGAUGAAGAGGCCCCCCACAAUCAAGCGGAAGACCUGCUGCAGUCUCCUGGCAUGAAAGGGGAGGAAGAGGAGCACGUCAAAGAGGAGGAGGAGGAGGAGCAUCUCACCGCUUGGCCAUUCACCUUUGACCCUCUGAAGAGUGAAGGUGGUGAAGUUCAGAGUGGGGAGAGCAGAGGGACGGAGCCUCCAAGCGGCGGCGGCGGCGGCGGCGGCAGCUCAAGUCAACAAGUGACAGCAGAGGGCGAUGGAGCGUCACAGGCAGACGGCCUCUCGGCUCCACUAUCGGGGUGCGACGAUGAUGAUGACGACGACGAUGAUGAGUCUGACGCUGAUGUGACAGUUGACACUGGCAACAAGCGCUGCAAAUGUCGUCAGUGCGGUAAAACGUUUGCUGACAGGUGGGUUUUGAAACGACACGUGAGAAUACACACUGGCGAGAAACCUUUUGCCUGCUUAGUUUGUCAUCAAAGAUUCUCCUAUAAAAGUCACUUGACAAAACACACAAUAACACACACCGGACAGAAACCUUUUGCCUGCUCAGUUUGCGGUCAAACAUUCUCCGUAAAGAGAGACUUGAGAAAUCAUGCGAGAAUACACAGUGGGGAGAAACCCUUGGCCUGCUCGGACUGUGGUCAAAGAUUCUCCCAGAAGGGCAACUUAACUAUACACUCAAGAACACACACUGGAGAAAAGCCUUUUGCCUGCUCGCUUUGCAGUCAAAGAUUCUCUCAUAAGAGUCAACUGACAGUCCACAUGAGAAGUCACACGGGUGAGAAACCUUAUGCAUGCACUAUUUGUGGUCAAAGUUUCUCGGUAACAAGAGAUUUGAGAGAACACCUAAAAACACACAUUGGGGAGAAACCUUACGCAUGCACAGUUUGCGGCAACAGCUUUCCUUAUCAGGGACAUUUGACAAUACACAGCAAAGUUCACACUGGGGAGAAACCUUUUGUCUGCUCAAUCUGCGGUCAAAUAUUCACUCGAAGAGACGAGUUAACAAAGCACACACCAACACACACGCGCUAGAGAAUGCUUUGACCUGCCGGGUGUGCUGCGUGUGGAAUGUUGGAAACCUCAAUGUUGCCCCUCCCUGCCUCCCUCCCUCCCUCUUGUACUGCUACCAGCUUUACCUAACGUGCAACAGAAGCAAUAAACAGUUUGACUGAAAAA